AGUGCAGUAUGUACUGUUUUACAUAUACUCCCAAGUUUUCAUAUGCCACAGAUUUAAAUAUAAAUACAAAUAUGACAUUAAGUGUAGAAGAAACAUUUGUUCAGAAAUGCUCAUUUCCUUAGGCAAUAUCUUCUCAUUCUGAAAUUGACAGCUGCCAUGAUUUUUAAGUCACUGAUAAAUGUAGCUUCUAAAUCAGAAAUUUUGAGUACUAUACAGUUUAUAAUUGCAGACAUGUUAUGUUGUUAUUAUGACUGUAAUUUGUGUAAAGUAACUAAAUGUACAAACUUUUAUGAAUUUUUUUUUAUUUAUAUAUACAUACAAGAGUUCUUACAUUCUUGUACAUCCACUAGUACACAUAGCAUUUCGGGCAAGUCCUUAAUCCUAAUUAUCCCCGUAAUACAACCCGCCAAAUCAUUUAACAACCAGGUACUCAUUCACUGCCGGGAAUGGGUACCAUUCUGUUCUGUUAAUCUGGUACUCUGUUCAGGGGUGAACAGAGGCUACUAGUUAAUAGUUAAGGAUUGGCGCCCAGUAAAUCCUCCCCGGCCAGGAUACAAAUCCAGGCUAAAGUGCUCGCGAAACACCGGGCGAGUGAAUUAAUAAAAUAUUUUAAUUCAGUGAAGGGCAGAAGUGGAAGAAUGAAUACGCUGGCUAACGAAAUAAAGAUGACAUACUAAGACUAAACUUCUGGAGGGAAAGGUUUCACUAAAGCUGCCAGUAAGGUGCAGGUGUUAGGCAUAAGGUGAUACAGUACUUGGCAAAAAGCCAGGUCAAGGAGGCCAUAAGCAGUGGCACUGACGUGUGAGAGAGAGCAGAGAAAUAGAAACUACUGGAGUGAAUACCAAGAGCCAUCUUACCACCAACAUUUAGAGACUGAUCUGUAUUUGUAACAGGUUUCUGAACGAUGGCUGAAGACAAUGAGCAAAUUGGGUAGGGAAGCAGGGUUGGACCAGUGAGCAAUUUCUGAAAUAAAUGGAAUAAGGAGAACACAUUCUGCAUGCAUAGACAUGGUAAAAUGCCUAAAUUGCUGGGACCAUCUCAAAGCAUACAAAAUGUACUCUUUGGAAAGGAGAUGAGAAAGAGAGAGAGAGCACAUAAUAUAUACAUACGUGGAAGAUAUUUGAAUAUCAAGUCUCAAAUACUCUGUAUAAUAAAAUAAUUUACUAGAGUGAAAAAGAUUGAUGAAAAGUACAAGUCCUAGACAAAAUGAGAGAAAGUAAACAUUAGAGGCCCAUUGCUUUUCAACCUCCUUCCACCAAAUGCAUAUAAGAAAUAUUGUCAGAACAAAAGUGAAAUUUUUUUAGCUGCAUUUGGUAUAAAUGUCUGAGCAGUGCAUAUUAACCAGGUUGUAAUGAAUAUGUGGGUCUGCAGGCUGCUGUUAGCAACAGCCUUACUGAUCAGGUUAUCACCAGACAGGCUUGGCCCCUGUAGAGCAGAACUCUUGAAACUGUUUACAGGUAAACUGCAGCCCAAUGCAAAACAAGUAGCUGUGGCGGAGGAAAUGGCACGAUUGGCAGGUGAAGAAGCAAAACGUCAGGAAGCCGAGGAAGAAACCAGGAAAGGGGAACAGCGAGGCAGAGAGGCCCUGGACAGAGAGCGUCUGUGCCGCAUGUAUGAGCAGCUCAUGAGCCAACUUGACCAAGCUCAACAUGACCAUCAGCUGUCGUCAUACCUUAAGGGAACUGACCUCUCAGUUUAUGAAACCGAGGAAGCCAAACUGAACCAUCAAGCCUCUCUGCAAAGGCAGAUGGAGAAGGCUGUAGAGAAUGUCCUGCAAGAGGAUACUUCACUGUCAGACGUUCGCCAUGACAGCAUUCGACUUGCUGCUGAUCCCUCGGGUUUAAUAGAUGGAGACACUUCAAGGGUUAGUUUUGAUCAAAGCUCUUAUGCAAAAGUUCAAGAUCUGAAAUCCUUAUUGGAUAGGAUCAGGCAGCAAAGACGUGAUACUCUUAGAGAUAUAUAUGGCUUCGUACCUGAAGAAGAAGAAUCAGAGGAAGAUGUUGAUAAGAAGGAUAACAUUGUGGAUGAACAUGAGAUUGGACAGCCAAGAAAAGGUGUAGGAUUAGAUGAUGAUGAGGAUGCUCGAAAGGAAAUUGAUUCGCAAGAUAAAGAAGCUGUUAAUAUUGAAGGCAGUGGUCCACAAAUUGACAAAUACAGAAAAUCGAGGAUGGAUGUUGAAAUAGACGGAGACAUACAUAUGGCAGAGACUGUCCCUGCUGAUCUUCUCCCAGGUUAUCAUGAUGGCAAAAUUACAAACAUAUACAAGCCUUUAUUUCAAGAGGUAAGUUCAGGUGACACUGAGAUAACAAUUGACAUCAGUGGUGAUGGAAGUACACAAAUAUCAGAUAAUGAGCAAUUAAGGCCUAUGACUCCCAUGGUUCAGUCAACACCAAAAGAUCCAGUGGAAUAUUCGAGUUCUGAAAGCGGCAGUACAGAUUUCCGAAGACUACCAUCAUCUCUUAUAUCCAGGAAAGCUCCAGUGCAGGUAACCAAGGACAGUUUAAGCAAAACUCAACCCCAGAGGCAAUAUUUAAGUUCCAGACCCCUCAGCAAAGAUGAUCAGGACAUACACAUGGCAGAAACUGUCCCUUUUGAUUUCUUACAAAAAAAAUAUGAUGGUAAAAACACCAUAAAAUCCUCAAAAAGUGUUUCUCAACCAUCGUCAUUUCAGGAGUCAAGUUCAGAUGACAUUGAAAUAAAGAUUAAAAUUAUAGGUAAUGGAAGUACACUGAAAACAAUAACUCCCUCAGGAGAAACGUCUGUGUCUGGGUCAUCCAGUGCUGACCAUUCAAUUUCUGGAACCAGAAGUACAGUUUACAUUAGUCCUCCAUCAUCUCUCCCAAAAACAAAAGUGCCAAAUUUAGAGCUUCAGGAUAAUAUAAGGAGAAUACAGGAACAGAGACAAAGUAUUCAGCACAUGUUAGACUCAUUAUCAAAGCCGAAUGAACACUCCAGUCUCCUGAAGAGUGCAUCUCCAAGUGCCUACUUUGAGAAAAUGAAGGAAGAAGGUAGUGGGAAAAGGCCUCUAAAAAGAAUAGAUAAAUUUGAAAUGCAAAAGAAGCAGCUUCUUCACUAUUACUUGAAAAAAUUGUUGAAUAUGAAGGGCAAUGAAUUAAUUAAUAUUUCUACAUCAACAGUUGAAGGAUCAGGCUUUUCUGUAGAUUCCCUAGGUACACUUCUUGAUGCAGUCCAGGAGAAAAAUAAAUCGGUUUCAUCUUCAGAAAUGUCUUCUACAUCUGUCAAGGAAAUGUCAGAAGUAUCAUACACUUCAAGUUAUAAAGAUAUUGAUGAUAUUCCAGUGAAGUUGAGCAGUGUCUCCUCAGCUGAAAGUGAAUACUCCUCCAAUGAUAUGGAUACACUUUUUCAAGCUAGUGAACCACCAGAGGCAGACAGAGUCCAACAUACAACUGCUUUUGCACAUUCUAGAGAUGGAUCAAUAACAGGACACGAGUUUCCAGCAUAUCUUCAAUCCAGUAGAGAGUCUGUUCCAUGCACACCAGCAUCUUUAACUUCUCAGUCUGAUGAAUCAAGGUCAUCCUCCAUUAGUACUAAGAGUAUUCAAAAUGAGCUUGAAAAACUUAGCCAACUCAGAAAAGAACUCUUAACCCACAAAAAUAUUUUUCAAGAAUUUUCAUCUACAAAAGUGCCAACUGCUUCAAGUCAAUUUCACAGCAGCAAGCCAGACGUAGUGGACAUGACACCAACCACUUUCAUUGAUGAUAAACAGGAGCAAAAGGUCACUUUUGGGACCACACCACGAAAAGUUUAUCUCAGUACAAUUUAUGAAGACAGCUCAGAUUUAUCUGAGAUACAUUAUAAUACAAGUGAUUCGGGAAGCUAUCAAACACCCUCCAGAGAAUACGAGUCUACUUUAGAUGAUGAUAGAAGUCAAAUUUCAUUGUUGCAGAAAGAAGAUUUGAGAACAUACUUAGAGUCACAAGGUGCUAAACCAGUAGGGGAAGUUUCUGUGACUGAGGAGACAGCUACAGAAGAAGAUAUGAAGAAGUUCAUGCACUUGCAUACACACAUGACUUUGCAGUCUAGAUUUAGAUACUUAGAAUGUGCUCUCCCUGAGGGUAGACUGAAAAAAAUAUCCCAAAGAAAUUACCACAAUAUAGAUGCAAGUAUACAUAUGCCAGUACCCAAGGAAAAAAGUAUACAUAUGCCAUUACCCAAGGAAAAAAGUAUACUUAUGCCAUUACCCAAGGAAUCUACAAAUUAUUCGAGAAUAAGGAUGAAAGAUAAUAGCAGCCAUGAACAAUCGUCUCUCUCUGCUUCACCAUCUUUUGCAACCGAGUCCCUUGUAAAUUCUAGGAGAAGUGUUACAUCUUUGCCUAUUAGAAAGAGUGAUCAGGUAGAAACAGAAGUUAAAAAUGUUUAUAGCAAGAGUACUCAGGGUUUACUACAAGAAGGUACAUUGGAUCUCACAAAUGAGACCUCACGGUUUUUUCCAUUAGAUGUAGAAAGUACAUUAACCUCUUCAGUGGGAGACAUAUCCCUUAAACACCAGAUUCCUUAUCAGGGCAUUGUGAAGGGAGACCUGAAUAAAGGUUCUUCCAAAUCUUCAAGUGACUCGUCUGAGAAGCAAGGUGUGAGACGUAAUGGCGAUUCAUCUAGUGACUCAGUAACCUCAAUGCCCGACAUGGCAGAAAUUUUACAAAGAUUUGGUUUGGCUUGGGCACAAAGUAUGAUGCGUAAAAUGGAGAGAACUGAACAAAAAUCUUCAUCAGAUAUCUCAUCUAGUCAGGAAAAUGGAUAAAUUUGUGAUUUGUUAGUUCAGUCAUUAGUUUUUAUAAAAUACUGUAUUUUUAUACAUAAACCUUUUCAUUAUAUUGUAUAAAACGUAUUGUGCCAUACUGUUUAUACUCGCCCUCUUCAAUUGACGUAGUUUUGUGUGUACCUUACGGUACAUAUCUUGACUUAAUAUAGUAUCAUUUUAAAUAAAUAUUUUAUUUCAUUGGAACACUUGUCUUCUGCUCUAGAGUACCUAUACCCUUUUCUCUUAAAUAUGUCAUUAUUAAGUCAUUCAGUAAGGAGUUUAUUUCAUUAAGUUUCAAUGUGAGUUUUUGCAAAUCUUACAUUAACUGCUAUAUUAUCCUUGAUAAUUAUCCUACUGUACAAUACAGUGUAUAUAUAUAAAUAUUUCCAACAGAGUA